GAAAGCAAGGAAUAAAGAUUAAAAUUAAAAUCAUAAUUAUGUAAAAUCUAAAUUUAUUCCUUGGGUCACCUAAGGUACACAUUCUACAUUUUCCAUUUUAUUCUGUCAAGGAAAUCACCCAGGUCACCCUUUUAUAUCACUCCAAACCUUACAAAACAAGUCUUUUUUGUUUUGUUUUGUUUUGUUGUUUUGUUUUUGAGACAGGGUUUCUUUGUGUAGCCCUGGCUGUCCUGGAACUCUCACUGUAGACAAGGCUGGCCUCAAACUCAGAGAUCUGCCUGCUUCUGCCUCCCAAGUGCUGGGAUUAAAGGUGUGCUCCCCCACUGCCUGGCCAAAACAAAUCUUUUUUCACAUACGUUUAUUUUUCAGAGUCAUCUGUACGUACCAUUCUAAAUACUUUUUUAAAAUUACAUUCUGAACAUUUUCCUAUCAUUUCAGAUACUAUUACUGUUUUUGUCUCUAAAGCCAGUUCAUUAAAUGAUACGAAAGCUACACAGUGAAAAGAACCCAGUCUUCUCCAGAGUCCUGUUUGUUGUGAAUGUGUUCCAGAACUCUCCUUGUAGAUUUCUUUCAAUGAUCGAUACUUUAGGAUACUGGAAUAGGACUUAGUUUACAAACAUUAGGACCCCACACCUCCUGGGCAUGUAAAACUAGUCUCUCUGCUUCCAGGGAAUGACUGGGAUAGUUCAUCUACAUCAAUGUUUUUCUCAGCUUGGGUUGAAGAGGGCGAUGAAGCAAUUUCUAGAGACAUUUUUGUGUCACAGUUGUCCAAUGUUCUAUGAAUUGGAGCCUCAGUUUGCUGCUAAACUUCCAAUGCACAGAACUAUCAGCAACCAAGAAUACCAAUGGUGCCAAAGUUGAGACAUUGUGAUUUGGAUCAACGUUGUUCACAAAGUUAGAUUCUCAGGCCACCAUCUUCAUAUCCUACAACUUUUGUGUCCAGUGGUAAAUUCCCCGAGUCUCUGAAAAGAUGGCGAAGUCGCCUGGAACAGGAAGCCCAGAGACCACACCACAGCUCAGCUCCGAAGAUGGCAGCGGAGAGGGGAGGGGAGGAAGCUGAACUGCUUCACAAGGAAAAUGGAACUGACAGGGCGGGCUGAGAUCAAUGUGCCUGAUGGUGAACAUCGCCUCUGGCCAACCUUGGGGCAGCCCAAUGUGAUUAACCAUGAUCGCCCCAUCUAACCUGGUCCGAGAUGAUUCAACCUCCUAAGAGAUGAAUUGUGAAAUUGUGAGUGGGACAGAUCGAUGGAUUCAGCUGUCACUGGGGAAGUAUGACAGACAAGGAACAACAGCACAGGGACCAGAACUCCAGCUAGAUCAUGUUCUACAUCCCAGCUGUUCUCUGGGUCUGCAGCCAUUCUUUGAACCUCGGCUUAAUCUUUUGUUGAUUGAGAAUAUUAAUUACCAAAUUUUCCUCUCCAUCCCGGGUCAUUUUUCUUGGUUAGAAUUGUAGCACUGGCAAUAAGACACAUUAAGCAGCAAGGGAGACUUAUUCUUGGUUAGGAACAGAAAUGGGAGAUAAACUCACAUCAACUUCUUGACCGAUUGGGGUUAGGGAGAUGGAGAGAUAGCACAAAAGAAAUGAGGCUAGUUGGGGGACUUGUAGCCUUUCUGGGAACAGCAGGGGUUUUCCAGCAAUUUGGGCACUGCUUUUAUGGGUCCUUUUAGUUGACAACUGUCAUAGUUGGCACUUAGAAGGAUGAUAACCAAGUUGGAGGUUAUUUGUCUUUUGCUCUGUCAGCCAUCUUAGAUGUCAACCAGUUUUGGUAAACUCACCUGAAGAAGAGGUUGAAGCCUUUAAAAAUUCUGUCUUCAAAGAUAAACAAGAUUGCAACAGGGUAGAAAAUCAGGUAGGUAAAGUCAGCAGUACAAGAUUAGGGGAGUGUCACACAUUGGCUAUGGUUAGUGUAAAGAUUAGAAAUAGUGUCCAAGUGGCCUACCCUAUAAAUUUUGGUGCUGGUUAGCUAGCCCUCAUUAUCACAUAAGGCAAUUCUUUGCAAUAUAUGACAUAUAUCUCCUAGUGGCUCUGGGACCUAGCCCAAGGCCAGACCUGCAAAUAGUCAUUUACUAUACCAUAUUAUUGUUAUUAGUGAUUAACACACAGUAUAUCUAAGAUAGCUAGCUAUGGGCUAGGUUCUAAAGAAAUCGUGAAGAAAAAGACAGGCAGGUUUCCUUACUCAAUGUGCAUUUAUAGUUUGCCUGUGGUAUUCUGUUAGGCCUGCAAGACACUGGGUGAUCAUUGUCAGACAGACUGCUGUGGGCUGUGGAAGGAACUGGUUCUCCCUUCAGGCAACAGGCUCGGUUUCUGAAACUCUACCUAGGGAUGAGUGUGUCUAGAAGCUGGGACUGGGUGGUAACAGGGCAUCUUUGACACUGUGACUGGCAUAGUGAUGUGGCUAAAGAAGCCGAGGUUAACCGUGGCUACUGGGAACCACCACCUGGACCAUGCCUUGGUACCCGUGUCUGCUUGAGACCAAAGGACUGUGGCUGGUGAGUAUGUUUCUGGAAGGGGAUAAAGUGCGUAGUUUAAUUAAAAUUGUUAUCCAUGAUUCAGGCGGUAAUAUGAAACACUAAGAAGAAAAUGCAGUGCUUUAUCAGGAGGAACCUGCAAGCACGGGCCAUUUCUUGUGCGACCUGGGACUCCGCCGGACCACUUUUUCCGUAACACCUAUCCGGUGCCAAAGCCGCCGAACUUCCGUCCCGUUUCCGCGGAGCCGGAGCGUGAGGCUAUGUGAGCUUGGAGACCAGAGACCUUAUCAUCACUCGAUCUGGUUCUGAUCCCCUCUCUGCGUGGCUUCCGAAGUCAAGAAGGAGUCCUGCCUUUGGUUACCCAACACUGGCCCCAUGGCUUCCAUGCAGAUGGAUCCUGAGUUAGCCAAGCAACUCUUCUUUGAAGGAGCCACUGUGGUCAUUCUGAACAUGCCCAAGGGGACAGAGUUUGGCAUUGACUACAACUCCUGGGAGGUGGGGCCCAAGUUCCGGGGUGUGAAGAUGAUCCCUCCUGGCAUCCACUUCCUCCACUACAGCUCUGUGGACAAGGCCAAUCCCAGGGAGGUGGGCCCUCGGAUGGGCUUCUUUCUUAGCCUGAAGCAGCGGGGGCUGACAGUCCUGCGCUGGAAUGCGGUUCAGGAAGAGGUAGACUUGUCUCCAGCUCCAGAGGCUGAAGUAGAAGCUAUGAGAGCCAAUCUUCCUGAGCUAGACCAGUUUCUGGGACCUUACCCAUAUGCUACACUCAAGAAAUGGAUCUCACUCACCAACUUCAUCAGUGAGGCCACCGUGGAGAAGCUGCAGCCUGAGAGCAGGCAGAUCUGCGCCUUCUCAGAUGUCCUGCCCGUGCUUUCCAUGAAGCACACCAAGGACAGAGUGGAGCAGAAUCUACCCCUCUGUGGUACUGAGUGCAAAAGCUACCAAGAGGGCUUAGCCCGGCUGCCUGAGAUGAAGCCCAGGGCUGGGACAGAGAUCCGCUUCUCCGAGUUGCCCACUCAGAUGUUCCCAGCAGGUGCCACACCCGCAGAGAUCACCAGGCACAGCAUGGACUUGAGCUAUGCCCUCGAGACUGUGCUCAGCAAGCAGUUCCCUUGCAACUCCCAGGAUGUACUUGGUGAACUCCAGUUUGCCUUCGUGUGCUUCCUGCUGGGCAAUGUGUAUGAGGCGUUUGAGCACUGGAAGCGGCUCCUGAACCUCCUGUGUCGGUCAGAAGCAGCCAUGGUGAAGCACCGUACGCUGUACGUCAGCCUCAUCUCCAUCCUGUACCACCAGCUCGGUGAGAUCCCUGCCGACUUCUUUGUGGACAUUGUCUCGCAGGACAACUUCCUCACCAGCACCUUACAGGUUUUCUUUUCUUCUGCCUGCAGUAUUGCUGUGGAUGCCACCCUGAGGAAGAAGGCGGAGAAGUUCCAAGCCCACCUGACGAAGAAGUUCCGAUGGGACUUUGCUUCGGAGCCUGAGGACUGUGCCCCGGUGGUGGUGGAGCUCCCUGAGGGCAUCGAGACUGGCUAACUGCAAAUCCUGAAGCCAGGGAGACCCCUUCCCACGUGGCUACUACCCAUUUUCUCCGCUCAUCCAUCUGUCCUGGGACCUUCCAGCAUAGUGAUCCAGUCAGGUCCUGCAGAGGUGGAGCCAGUAAAUGCAUCCCUCUUCACCAGUAAAUGCAUUCCUUUGCUGAAAAGUGGGGCAUUUGUGGUUCCCUUAUCCUGGCCCUGGUGCUUAAUUUCAGAAAAAGGCCCUUUCAGAAGGUCCAGGUGAAACCUGUCCCAGCAACAGUCUGAUCCCUUCUGACAAUGAGAAAAUGAACUUUCAGUCUAAAAGACUAGCUGCUUAUUCCAUACCUGGUUCAAAGAAGAAAGAAGAGACCUGGUCCAUCCGUGGUGUUAGUGGGUGAAUUUCUAAGUUAAAUGUAGGUUUGAGGUUGAAUGUGGUUGUACAGGAUUUCUGCCUGCUCCUUGUUGAAUGGGAGGAAGCCUGCCAGGAACUGGGCCUCUGAGCUCUCAGGAGCCCAGCCCGAGGAAGGCUGACAGGAUGAUGGCUCACUGAGUCUGACAAUGGUCAACUUCAGCAUCCUUUCCCGAGGCCCCUCCUGCCUAGAAGCCCCAGGGGUUGAUGUCCCAGAACUGGCCUCUGGUCUGGGGCUUCCAUUUUGAAGCCUCACACUCUCAGGAGGGACACAGAAGCCUUCCUUCCACAUGUCCCCACUUUUUCACUGAGGCCAUUGUGACUUUUUCUGAUGACAUGGAAAUCAACAGCAAAAGGAAAAGUUCUUGUCCCAAGUCUGUUUCUUAGGCCCUGUUAGAGGUGGGCCUUUUCUUCAGAGCCCUGGAGAUGCGGGGUGGCGUAACUUCCCAGCCCUGCUGUGGGGCUGCCCUCACUCAGUGCUGUCACGUUUCUGGGUUAGGGAGUCUCGAGGGCACACCCGUUGUGCUGUGUGGGCAGAGUUCUGCCUCAAGAAGGCUCCCAGGCCCUCCACCCUGACCUCAGGCCAUUUGCUGUGCUCUGGCCUCCUGGUGCCGUCCUCUUCUGGGGCUCAAGCUCCCAGCAGGACGUGGAAUGAGAGUCUGUUGGUGCCUCUUGUUUCCUUGGAGAUUUUUUCCAAGAGCAGAAUGUACAUUAAAGUCUUUGAGUUGGA